AGCUGUACGAGGAAGACACGUAUCACCUUGUUUUAUUUUAUAUACUUUAUUUUUCUUUCACGCAGAAAAUCACCAUAGAUUGUAAAAAAAAGCGAAGUGAUAUUUUUACGUGAAAUAAUUAAAUACAUUUCUAUUUUUCACAAUCAAAAUAUAUAUCUUGGUUGUGUUCCAACAACUUACAGCGUGAGUUGCAAAACUGCAUAGAACUUCGAAUAUAUGUGCGUAUGCAGGGUAGCAAAUAAGUGACGAAUGUUGAGUUUUAUUGACAACACACAAAGUUACUAAAAGAAAACCCAGAAGAGGCACAAGGACGAAACGCUCACAACUAAUUCGUAGAUUAUGAGAUGCCAACACGACGCCGACAUUACCAACAAGAUACUACAAGAUUCUAUGCAGGAUCAUUUGAGGAGAGCACACCACUAGUUGCACCUCAAGGUCAGCAGCAACAACAGUACAAAAACCCACUAUUUGGCGGAGCUGUUGCUCCCACAGUAAGUGGUAAAGAAUCAUUUGGUGGAAGUGCAGUUGAGGAGUCAACCAUACUAAUUGGUGACUACACGCAGCAAAGUAACCAAAGCAACAACGGUCAACAAUAUAACUUCAGCAAUAAUAAUAGUUCGGUAAUAGAUCCAGACGAUAAGUACCGCAAGGCAAAUAGACAGUGGAAUUUCCGCUCGAUAUCUACACGUUUGCAAGCAAGUUCUGGCCAAGCGAUACGAAAUUUUAUACAACAACCAUUAAGUGCUGCGGCCGCAGUUGUAACAGGAAAUCAUCCUGCACAAGACAACAGUGGCUAUACCCAACUGAGUCCAUACACAAAUACUCCACAGAUCCAAGCAGUUGAGGACGUAGAAGAAGAAGAACCAAUAUUUGAAAAAGAAGAAAUUUUCAUUAUGGCCUCACGCGAUCGAACGGGUGAAUUUAAUAAUGCAAUACGUUCAUUACAGUCGCGUAAUAUUACACGCGCUGUCAAUAUACGUGAUCCACGCAAAGCGAAAGAGGUACAGAGUUAUUCAGAGUUUAUGAUGGUUGCCAAAUAUAUUGGCAAGAAUAUAGCAAGCGCAUAUGCCAAAUUGGAAAAGCUGACGCUAUUGGCUAAAAAGAAGAGUCUCUUUGACGAUCGACCGCAAGAGAUUCAAGAACUAACUUACAUCAUUAAAGGCGAUUUGAAUGCGCUUAAUCAGCAAAUUGCGCGCCUUCAAGAAAUUUCGAAAGAUCAACGUCGUACGAGUUCUGGCAAACACCUACAGUUACAUUCCUCGAACAUGGUAUACGCGCUGCAAUCGAAAUUGGCUAGCAUGGGCACCGAUUUUAAGCAGAUACUAGAAGUACGUACCGAAAAUCUCAAACAGCAAAAAGCACGACGGGAUCAGUUUGGGCAAGCGCCAAUAGCUGCGAGCACUGUUCGUUCGAGCACAGCGAAACAAGGCUCAUUGCUGUUAAGCGAAGAGAAUACAGCCGUAAGCAUUGAUAUGGCUACCAGUGACACAACACCGCUGCUGGGUGCGGUUGGAGGAGGUGGUACAGGUAUGCAGACACAACAGCAGAUAGCAUUAUAUGAUGACUCCGAUAGCUACGUGCAACAGCGUGCCGAGACAAUGCAGAAUAUUGAAUCGACUAUUGUCGAGCUCGGCGGUAUAUUCCAACAAUUGGCACAUAUGGUUAAAGAGCAAGAAGAGACUGUGGAACGUAUCGAUACAAAUAUACAAGAUGCCGAACUGAAUAUCGAGUCAGCGCACGGCGAAAUAUUGAAGUACUUCCAAACUGUUUCCAAAAACCGCUGGCUGAUGAUUAAAAUUUUCGCAGUACUGAUAUUCUUCUUCAUAUUCUUCGUCGUUUUUCUAACGUAAUAACGGUUAGGUUCUGUUCCAUGGGAUUUUAACAUUUGCAGAGUCGUGGUCGUAAAGUUGUGGGUUUCUAACUACCUAAAUAUAUACUAUCCUAUUCAUAUACAUAUUUAACGCAUGUAAUUGGGCUGCAUCCAUAUUUACGUAUGGCGUGUAAAACUUUUUAUAAUUCUGCCAAGAGUAAAAUAUUAUAUAUACAUAGUUCAAUGUUUUUUUUCAAAAUUUUCAACGAAGCCAAGCGAUGACACUGUGUAAUGUAACGGUAAACCGAAUUAUGUAAUUAUAAAUUAAAAAAUUAACACUUAAAAGUUUAAAAUUAAAUAAAAUAUAGAUUGUUAUUGGCAAUAAGUAAA